UAACACACUCUCCAAAAUUGGAUCAAGUAUAUAAUAUUAUGUAUCAAACGAACUACUUUUAAAGUUUUAUUUUUUUUCAAUAUUUAUUGAAUAAUGCUCAAAGCACGAGAGAUGCUCUAUUAGAAGUAGGUAGGUGAAAAGGAGGUUACAAAAGAGAACUAUUGAUACAAGAUAUUACAAUAACCAAAGCAAUAGGAGUUUGACUUUGAGCACUUUCAUUGAGAGAAUAUGGAUUUGAUUGAGUUGAGUAAAGCAGUGGAAAAUGUUGAACUUGUGGAUACCUUAGACACUGAUGUUUCAUUUGUUCGUAUAUUAUGGGUUGAUAAUUCAGGACAACACAGAUGUCGUGCUAUUCCUAGAAAGCGUUUCUAUGAUGUUGUUACUAAGAAUGGUGUUGGUUUAGCAUUUGUGAGUAUGGUAAUGACUUCUUUUUUGGAUGGAUCUCCAGCUGGUUCUGGUUUAGGUUCAGUUGGUGAAGCAAGAUUAACACCUGAUUUAUCUACUAAAAGGACAAUUCCUUGGAGCAAGCAAGAUGAAAUUGUUUUAGGUGAUUUGAAUCUACAACCUGGUCAAGCAUGGGAAUAUUGCCCAAGAGAGGCCUUAAGAAGAGUCUCCAAAAUUCUCAAAGAUGAAUUUGACUUGGCAAUGAAUGCAGGAUUUGAGAAUGAGUUUUUUCUCUUGAAGAGCGCAAUAAGGGAAGGGAAAGAAGAAUGGAUACAAUUUGACUCGACCCCUUACUGCUCCUCGUCAGCAUUUGAUGUUGCUUCCCCAAUACUUCGUGAAGUUACUUCUGCUUUACAUUCAAUGGGAAUUCCAGUAGAACAGUUACAUGCUGAAGCUGGAAAAGGUCAAUUUGAGCUGGUUUUGGGACAUAUGGUUUGUACAAAAUCCGCAGACAACUUAGUUUACACACGUGAAACUGUUAGGGCAAUUGCUAGAAAACAUGGCUUGCUUGCUACUUUUGUUCCAAAGUACACAUUAGAUGAUCUGGGUUCUGGAUGCCAUGUUCAUCUAAGCUUGUGGCAGAAUGGCCGAAAUGUAUUUAUGGCAUCUGAUGAAUCAUCAAAGUAUGGAAUAUCAACUUUGGGAAAAGAAUUUAUGGCUGGAGUUCUACAUCAUCUUCCUUCUAUUUUGUCAUUUGUGGCACCACUUCCUAUCAGUUAUGAUCGAUUGCAGCCGAACACAUGGAGUGGUGCAUACAUGUUCUGGGGAAAUGAAAAUAGGGAGGCUCCAUUGCGUGCUUCAACUCCUCCUGGAACUCCUAAUGGUUUUGCGAGUAAUUUUGAGUUUAAAUCAUUUGAUGGUUGUGCAAACCCAUACUUAGGCUUAUCUGCUAUAAUUGCUGCUGGCAUUGAUGGUCUACGUAGGCAUCUUUCACUUCCUGAACCUGUUGAAACAGAUACAAAUCCAGAUCCAGAAAAACUUCAGAGAUUACCAAAAUCACUUUCAGAAUCUUUGGAAGCUCUUCAUAAGGCUGACUUUCUAGAGGAGUUUAUUGGUGACAAGUUGCUGACUGCCAUAAAGGCGAUUCGAAAGGCUGAAAUUGAUCAUUACUCGAAGAACAAGGAUGCAUACAAGCAACUCAUACACCGUUAUUGAACUGCUUAAUGUCAUGUUACAUUUAUUUGGUUGUAGAUGUUCUCUCAAAAUAAAAUUACAACUCACAUGAUAGAACAUGUGCAACGGAAUAAAAGCAACAUGACACCGUUUCCAUCCGAUGCAAAUGCACUAUUACAAUCCACGUCACAAUAGAAAUUACAACAUAGUCUUCUCCCCCUCAAUAAUUUUAUGUAGUAUUCCUUGCUUAGCUUUAUUCUCUUCUUGCGGAUGUAAUAAUAUGUGAACUAAUUUUAGAAAAUUUCAACCUAAGUCAGCAAUAAAGGAAAUUGAAAGUGCAAUUUUUUUAUAUGUGACGGAGGGAUAAUCAGUUAGUAUAAUGUAAAAUGUACCCCUAUCAUUGAAGUAUAAGUUUAAUUUUUAUCACAACAAA